CAUAGUCCUAGCCUCUGUACAUUGCAGAAGGCCUUUCUCCAGUGGCUCUUCUUCCAGCGUACCAGAGGAAAUGUGCAGACUCACUGUGGCAAGAAGCCAGAGCCUAGACAUGGAAGGGUGAAGGUCUGCCACUGGGCAGGCUCCAUGGGUGGAUGGGUGGAGCCUCACAGUCUGAGGUCUAAAAUCCCCACCUGACUUGAUCCACACAGACACCCAUUUGAAAACUACCUAAGGAUCAUAAGGUAUGCCUUACAAACAGUGUUGCUAUUGUGUUCUAAGUCUUAUCAAAAAUAUCCCCUUCUGCUUUUUUUCUUCCAAUUGUUUUAACUUCUCUUUCUUUUAUGUAAAAAUAGACUUUUCAUUUUCCUUCUACUAUGUUUUUUCUACUGCCUUCUCUCUGUUUCUCUCUCUGACACAUACACACCCAGUGUUUCUAAUUGCUUCCUUAUACUUCAGCUUGAACGUGUCCAUUUAAAGAUUCAUGUUUUACCUAAUUGUUUCCAAUUUUUUUCAGAAAAAGUUUUCCAGAGUUCUCAAGGGAUCCUUACCUAAUCAUACAAGUUUGUAGUAUGUAUAACUUUUCUUUACAAAUUAUUAUCUUUCACUUUAAGAUGUAGGAUUAUCCUUAUGUAGCUGUUUUGAACUCAAAUCAAUUAAUGUAUAAAUCUCUUCAACUAAAAGCCAGGUCAAUGAAAGUCUUUAAUUUAUGUCCCCUUAAGAAGUGUUUUUCAUCCACAUGUUUUUCUUCAAUAUCACAAAGUUAUGUGCCUGUGAAUGAUUGUAUUUUUAUGAUUCUAUUUUUUUGUUGCUAAUAUUGUUACAUUAGCUUGGUCUAUAAUUGUGUAUAUAAUGAAUGCAGCUUUGAAUAUAGAAACAAAUAUCUUAAUGACUACAAAUUAAUUCAAUUUCUGAUAUUGCAUAAGAGGCACACUACAAAAAUAAAUCACCCUUCCCUACUGUAGGGCACCUUUUCAGUUUGUGGUCAUGUGUACCUGAAUUUAAAUACCCUUGAAAAUACAAGAGAAAUGACCUUGUAUAAAACAGAAGUUUAAAAGUUAACAUGGUAAAUUUCAUUCACUCCAUGCAUUCAUUCAUCCAAACAGAGUGUAGCCCUGCUACAGACUGCAGACUUAAAAAACAUAGGGAGCAAGUGUGUAUAUGUGUGUCUAAAUUUUGUAUAAUAUUUUCAUAAAAAUAAAAGAUAUACAUUAUAUAAAAAAUAUAAAUUAUAUAAAUAUAUGUCACAUAUAUAAUAUAUAUAUUAUGCAUAUACAUAUGUAUGUAGCAUGGAAAACAUGGCCCUUACCUUCUGGGAGCAUAUAUUCUUUCGGGAAGUUUAUUAUCCAUUUACUUUUCUUUUAAAAUUGUUUUUCAUGUAUGCAUUUAGCCAUUGUGAUUUGUAGAUGCUUACUUAAAACUUUCAAUUCCUUCUCAAGAAUCUUUGGCAAAAAAGGUACUUGAUGUUUUUAUAUCUUAUCACAUCUUCAUGGUUCUGAGGCAAAACACAUCCUUUUUAUAACCCAUUUUAUUUAUGUUGUAUAUAUCUAAAUGAUUUCAGAAGGAUUUGAAAAGCCACAAAAGCCACAAAGGCAAAGCUUGUAGUUCUUCUAGUCAUUAAAAAAUACCAGGAGUCUUUUCUGUGAAUUGAACUUUACACCCAUAAAGUUCCACAGUUUAGUGUCACUAGCUGGCUUGUCACUCACAUAAUAAACCACAUGGCUGAUUACAGUGUUGUAGAUAAGCAUAAUAGACUUUGCUCAGUACUAAUGACUAGCGAGGAAGCAGGGCAACUUCAAUCUUGGUAGGUUUCCUUCACUCCAAAGCAGAAUGCAACACAAAUGAUCCUAGAAAAGCAGACACAGAGGUGAGGUCCAAGUGAGAAUGCAUUUUCUGAAAAAUCAGGGAAGUUCAUUCUUUAAAAUGUAACAAAUUAAUUUUAUGCUACAGCUGCACCAUUUUGGUAACUACAUUUUAAUGCCCUUAUUUCUAAGAAAUCAAACAUACACUUAAAUUGGCAAUCAAGGCAAUAAAUCUUAAAUUGAAAAUUAAAUUUUCUGCUUAUUUGCUGUUAGAUUUUGCAUAGUUAUUUUGAAUAAGUCAAUUCAUUUUCCUUUCUCCAGGCAUUAUGAAAAACCUGUGUUUCAGAGUCAUUACAGUGGUUAUAGGUCUUUAUUUUACUGGAACAGUGACAAACCCAUCAAGACAAACCAGUAUUUUAUUCAAUUCUCACUGCCAGUGGAAUGGAUAUCUUCUGACAAUUUGUUCUUUUACUGGAAAAUAUGAUCCACCUGUGGACAUAUCACAGACAGCAGCCAGAGUCGAUGUAAGCUCCAGUUUCUUUAGGGUUCUUUUACAGUGUCACACAAAAAAAGGAGAAUGGAAUAUAAAACAUCUGGACCUCAGUAACAAUCUCAUACCAAAAGUAACCUUAAGCACUCUCGAAUAUUUACACGCUUUGGAAAUAUUAAACCUCAGCAACAAUGCCAUUCAUUACAUCUCAUUGGAUCUACUCAGUCCUAAAUCCUCAUGGGUGAGACACCAUAGGAUCCACUUGAGAAAUGGGCUUCUAUUUCUGAAGUCACUAAUUCUUCAAAGAAAAAAACUCAGUGAUAUUUCCAAGGGACUGUGGAAACUGAAGUCAUUGGAUCUGUCAUUCAAUGGGAUAUCACAAAUUGGUUUGUCUGAUUUUCAAAACUGCCUGCAACUGGAGAACCUCUAUUUAAAGAGCAACAAGAUAUUUAAAAUUCACCCAGAAGCCUUCAAGGACCUCAAAAAAUCACAGGUCAUUGAUCUCAGAAACAAUGUUCUGACCACCAUCCUACCAAUGAUGAUCAUUGCUUUAGAACUUCCCCAUCUGGAGGCUAACUUGGCUGAUAAACAAUGGCAGUGUGACUGUAGCAUGGCAGUCUUCCAGGAUUUCAUAUCUGAGUCCUGGAGGGAAAAAUGGCAUCUAAUCUGUAACAAGUCUAUAGGGAAUAAGGAGGCAUACUGGUGGAUUCCCAAAAGCAGAAUUUCCAGGGAGACCCACCAUCCUCACAUUAGCAGGAAUUAUAUGAAAAGCCUUAGAACAAGCAAAGCCCAGAGGCCCCAGGAAAGACUGUUUGUGUGCCUUUCCACUCCAGGGAAGAAAAAACAUGCUGGCUUUGAUACCACUGAGAAGCAGAGACGGCCGCGAAGAUGGGUUAAGAGCUCCAAGGAUGUGCAAACUAGUGGCGGAAAGGAAGACACCUCCCAGGACUUCACCCUGGCAGUCUGCCUGGCGGUGUUCAUCACGUUCUUUGUGGCUUUUGGCCUGGGGGCUUUUACAAGGCCUCAUGUUGACAGACUGUGGCAACAGAGAUGCCGGAACCGAAGCCCUGGUUCAGACAGUGUGUAUUCGAACGAGGGCUUCUAUGCUGACGUGGAGGCUGCAGGAAGCCCACAACACGGAAGGACAGGCCUGCCCCAGGCUUUCCAGGAUCUCAACUCCUAUGAGAACCAUGACCUUUUUGUGGUGAGGCAGUGCAGCCCACACGCUGCUGUCGUUCCUGAUGGGACGCAGCGGGAGAGCAGGAAGGAGCCUGGCAGCCCGCAUUCUGUUCUCCGAGGACAGACGAACACCAGUAAUAACACACUAAUUAAAGCAGGACAGGACCAUGUCUACAGGAAUGACCAUCUUGGAGAAAUAAAUUAUAAAACUGUGGUCCAGGAAGAUUCUCUCAGUGAGCAAAUGGAUGUCCCCACACUAACUGGCAGGUUACAAACUGUCUCUGUCUCAAUCCAUGAUAAUUCACAUGAAUUAAACCCACCACCCUCAAGACAAAUGGCAGCUUCUUUCUCUAAAAUGCGAACACAUAUAAAAACACAGAGGACUGGAGAGAGUCAAGGAAGAGAGUGCACUGAACAGUUACCUUCAGAGUUUGCGAAGGAAAUGCAAGUGAGUGCUUACAUUAAUUCUUGGAAUACACAGCAACAGAAGCUCAAGGGGGCCAGUGUUAAGGAAGAGCUUUCUGCCUGCUCCACAAUGGUCAUGCUCAGUGACCCAGGUGAUAUGGACCGAUCCCCACAGGUCUUUCCUCCAGGAUGGGGCCAUGGCCUGCAUGUCACUCCUGAUAUGCAGCCAGUGCAUAUACCUGUUCCUUCUGUCACUCAGUAUAAGCUGGAUCCCAACUACGAUUCUGAUGAAGGGUCUUUAUUCACUCUUAGUUCUGUGAGUUCAGAGGAUGCAAGAAAUGAGACUGAAGAAGAGGCACUUGGCAAGGGGAGCUGUACAGCCAGCAAACCCCUGGAGGAUGAGGACAUAGGGGUGAGGAAGGACAAUGUCACCUCAUUAGAGAGUCUUGAGGACAAUAUCACCUUCCUGAGGAUAUUGGGGAAAUGUGAGAAUCAGGAGGAUCAUUUUGAAAAACCUCUCAUUCCUGGUCCAGAGCCUGGUUUGUGUGAGACUCAUAUGCAGAGUGCCUCUAACACCAAGAAAAUCGAGGAUCCAUUGAGCUUGCCUGGAUCACUGGACAGCAGUCUUUUUAGUGAUGAGAUCCCAGGCAUGGUCACUCAUGAUCACGUCACAGCUCCUCAGUCUGAGACAGCAGAGUGGCACUGCUCACUUAGAGACUUAGAAUUUUCAAAUGUGGAUAUUUUACUGCAAACACCACCAGAUUCUGCUGAAGUUCCCUCAGACCCUAGUAAGAGUGUCUGUCAUGAAAGAGACUCAGGCAUUUAUAAAUAUGAACCUUGCAUUCAGGCAACAGACACAGCUCAAAAUGGUAUUCCUUUCAAGAUCACUACAGGGAAAAACACAACACACCCAGAACAAGAUUCUGAAGGGGGCAGCAUGAAUUCCAACCUGCUGGACACUGAUGCAAAUGAAGGGCUUGUAUAUCCUCGUGAGGACUGUGAUUCCAGAAAGGCUAUAAGCCAAACACAAUUGUUACAGCCCUGUGGUCAUGAACCAGCUCUUCAGUGUGAAAGAGGAGGGGGUGAAUGUUUUGAAGAUGGUCCCAAGAGCCUGCGACCAUUAUUACAAGACACCCUGGAGGAUGAGGACAUAGGGGUGAGGAAGGACAAUGUCACCUCAUUAGAGAGUCUUGAGGACAAUAUCACCUUCCUGAAGAUUCUGGGGAAAUGUGAGAAUCAGGAGGAUCAUUUUGAAAAACCUCUCAUUCCUGGUCCAGAGCCUGGUUUGUGUGAGACUCAUCUGCAGAGUGCCUCUAACACCAAGAAAAUCAAGGAUCCAUUGAGCUUGCCUGGAUCACUGGACAGCAGUCCUUUCAGUGAUGAGAUCCCAGGCACGGUCACUCAUGAACACAUUGCAGCUCCUCAGUCUGAGACAGCAGAGUGGCACUGCUCACUUAGAGACUUAGAAUUUUCAAAUGUGAAUAUUUAAGCACAAACACCACCACAUUCUGCUGAAGUUCCCUCAGACCCUCGUAAGAGUGUCUGUCAUGAAAGAGACUCAUUUAUAAAUAUGAACCCUUGUAUUCAGGGAAUAGAUACAGCUCAAAAUUAUAUUCCUUUUAAGAUCACUACAGAGGAAAACACAACACACCCAGAACAAGAUUCUGAAGGGGGCAACAUGAAUUCCAACCUCUGGACACUGAUGCAAAUGAAGGGCUUGUAUAUCCUCAUGAGGACUGUGAUUCCUGAAAGGCUAUAAGCCAAACAAUUGUGACAGCCCUGUGGUCAUGAAGCAGCUCUUCAGUGUGAAAGAGGAGGGGGUAAAUGUUUUGAAGAUGGUCCCAAGAGCCUGCUACAUUAUUAUAAGAUCUUCCAAAUAAAACCAGUUCACUAGGAACACAGGAGCUCUUCAUUGAUAGAGAUCAGGGUAAACAUUCAGAGGAGAAUCUGUUGCAGUUCAGAAAAGAUGAUUCUAACUUUUAUACAUAAAUGGAGACCCAGAGCAACUUGAUAGGAACUGGCUCUAUGACAAAGACAAGGACAUUCAAUUUGAAAAUCAAAGCAAAAUUCAAGUUAACAUUUUCCAUACAGACUGAAGCACUUAGAUGGAAUUGCUGAUCAGACUUUAAUUAAUUCUGCACAAAGAACUUCUUGGAAAUUGUUCCCAAAACUACAAAAAUGGAAGGAUUCAGAGAAAUUCUAAAUAUUUUUUUAAUAAGCUGUGUUAAAAGAGGG